UGCUCAUUUGUAAACAAACACCAGUGCAGAUCUGCCGUUUUACCAAACGUUCAUCGAUUUUUCAGUAGAGUAAAUUUUAAUUACAGUGAUAAUAAUACUAUAAUUGAGAGAAGCAAUGUCGGAAAUCGGAGACAGUGGUUUGGAAACCUUGAAAAUAAAUGAACAGGACAAAAAAGACAGUGAUAGUGACAGUGAUGUUAGUGAUGAUGAGGGUGAAGAGGAAACGAAACUGGUUAUCCCAACAGAAUUGAAUAUAUCUUUGAAUCAUGGCUCAAAAGCAGUCGCCGCUUUGGCUAUAGACCCUGCUGGGGCUAGACUUGCCUCGGGGUCAGUCGAUUACCAAGUGAAAUUCUGGGACUUUGCUGGAAUGGACAACACAUUGCAAAGUUUCCGUUCACUUUACCCAUGCGGAAAUAAUCCAAUCAAAGCCAUAGCUUACACAGCGACUGGUGAUUCUGUUCUAAUAGUGUCAGGAAUGGCACAAGCUAAAGUGCUAGACAGAGAUGGCCAUGAAAUAAUGGAGUGUGUGAAAGGUGACCAAUACGUUGUGGAUAUGGCGCGAACUAAAGGACACACAGCACCUCUGACUUCUGGUUGUUGGCAUCCUCGCAAUCGAGAAGAAUUCUUGACCAGUGCUGAAGAUGGAACUUGUCGAAUCUGGACAGUAGAUAAGCCUUACAACCACCUCAAGAUAAUCAAAUGUCGGUCGAAAAAUGGACUAAAAACAAACCCCACCGCAUGUAAUUACAAUCGUGAUGCCAGUUUAGUGGCUGCGGCAUGCGUUGACGGUUCAAUUCAGCUAUGGGAUCCAAGGAGAAUCAUCACAAGUCCAACAUUACAUAAUCGUGAAGCUCAUCAACAAGGAAGUGAAACAUCCUGUGUCGCUUUUGCUUACUUGCACAACUGGAUAGCAUCACGAGGUGGAGACGAUACUGUGAAACUUUGGGACUUGCGGGCAUUUAAAAAACCUUUGCAAGUUAAACAUGAUUUGUUCUCCCGAUAUGGCAGCACAGAUUGCGCAUUCAGUCCUGACGAUACAGUUUUAACAACAGGAGUUUCAUUGAACAAGGGUGAAACUGAAGGAAAACUCUACUUCUUCGAUACUACAACGUUUGAGACAGUCAAAGAAAUUAUAGUGGCGGACGCCCAUGUGAUUAAAACAGUGUGGCAUCCACGGUUACAUCAAAUUUUCGUCAGUUGCGGAAAUGGUAUUGUCAAAGUAUUCUAUGAUGAAGCCAAAAGUAUGCGAGGAGCGAAACUAUGCGCAGGGAAAGUUCGGACCAAGACGAAGCAGGUUGAAGUGGUUGCAGCAACACAGAUUAUUACACCUCAUGCGUUACCUGCCUUCAAACAAGAGCGGUCAAAAUCUAUGCGUAAGAAGAUGGAAAAAGACAGACUGGAUCCUAUUAAAUCUCAUCGUCCGGAUUUGCCGAUCAAAUCUGGUCAAGGCGGUCGAGUCGCUGCAAGUGGAAGCACUCUCAGCUCAUAUGUUAUUCGAAAUUUAGGUUUGAGUAAAAAGGUGGAGGAUGAUCAAGAUCCUAGGGAGGCAAUUUUAAAGUAUGCAAAAGAGGCUGCUGAAAAUCCAUACUGGGUUGCACCUGCUUAUUCACAGACGCAGCCCAAACCUAUUUUCCGAAGUGAGGAAGGAGAGGAAAACGAGGAUGAACCUUCAAACAAAAAGAUGAAGUCUCAAUGAAAGUGUAUCAAUGAGAUAAAUCAAGCUGUAGGACCUUCGUACGGCAAAUUGUGUAUAUCGUUCAAAGGUGGACUUCUUUUAGGGACUAUUGUGUUAAUUUGAAAAAAUGUCUGCUUAUUUACACAUAUUCCAAUUUCCUAUCUAAUAUUGAAUUUUCUGAAUAUCGAUGGCCAAAGUGCAAAACCAGGUAACUCCCUUUGCGAUGAUGUAGUUGCUGUCCUUUUAUAUUUUUUCAUUGAUAAACUAAGGCAACAUAAUUUCUUGAAGGCUUCCUGAAUUUAUCUCUAUGCUAACAGAGUAUUCUGCAAGAAUUUCAAACUAUAACGUUGGCUUGUUUAUCUUAAAAAAGGAACAGACAUUUAGAAACAUCGUAAUGGAGAUACAUGGUUUUGCACUUUGACCAUUGAUGUGAGAUCAGGCAAUUUCAGUAGAUAUUCAACAAUUAGUUACAUAUCUACUUCUACCUGUAGACCAAGCUAGAACUACACAACUAUUCACAGAGUUUGUUUGACGAAAGUUGUUUCAUAAAUUUUGAUUUUGUAAAGAAGAUUUGGCUUAAAAUGAUCCAAGUUUAAAGCCUGGGCAGUGAGAUAAAUCCUGAAGAAGGGAGAGUUUCUUAAGUAAUUUUAUCACUUCUCAAGAGCACUGUUUAAAGGCCACCAAUUUUAUUGUACAUUUUAGUUGAAAUAAACUUUGUGAUUUUCACCUUCCA